CAGAUUUUGAUGGAUUCCUCUUGGAUCGUCGACAAUUAAUACCAACUGGUCGGGAAACAUGGGCAGGUGUACGAGUUGUAGUCGAUGCAAUUAUACGAUCGCAAAGAGCAGUUGCACCGGGUAUAAUAAUUAAUUCAAAUACCACCGAAUCAUCAAAAGCUUUAUCAAUCCUUUCACCUCGAUAUUCAUCAAACAAUGCAACAGCAGUACCAUUAUUAAAAUCACCAGUUGUUCCAAUCAUAUCACAACAAGCAGUGCUAUCACGGAUUGAUCGUAAUUAUCGAUUGGAGAAUUUGGAACAAAAAGAGCAAAUUAUACGGCGUAAAUUUCAACAAUUUCGAAACAAAGUAUGUACUGAUAUUUCACCGUGGUGUGCCAUUUGGAUUCAUAUCAAUCCGAAUAUUUGUUUGGCAGCUAUGUCAUCUAUGCAACAACAAUGCGCCUUUUCAUGUCGUUUUUGUUGA